AUGAACGGCUGCAACAGUGGCUCCACCCUCUCCGAUGCGCCGCCCGGCCAAGGUCAAAUCCAACAAAUGCCUGGUCGACCCGUCAUCGAUCUCAAAAAGAAGCUUGUCGUCGUCGGUGACGGUGGAUGCGGUAAAACCUGUCUCCUCAUAGUCUACUCCCAAAACCGCUUUCCAGAAGAAUACAUCCCCACCGUAUUCGAAAACUACGUCCCCAUCAUCCAGUUCGAAGGCAAAACUAUCGAGCUUGCACUCUGGGACACAGCAGGCCAAGAGGAAUACGACCGACUCCGGCCUCUCUCGUAUCCCGAAUCAGAUGUUAUCUUGAUUUGCUUCGCUAUUGAUUUCCCAACAAGUCUGGCGAAUGUACAGGAUAAAUGGUUCCCAGAGAUCAAUCACUUUUGCGAGGGUGUACCAAUCCUGCUGGUCGGGUUGAAGACGGAUUUGCGGAAGGAUCCCAAUAGUUUGGCCAUGUUGCAGGCACAAGGGAUCAAGCCGGUUUCGCAGACACAGGGCCAGCAGGUGGCGGAUGAGAUUGGGGCGGAAAAGUAUGUCGAGUGUUCGGCAAAGACAAAGGAUGGAGUGCAGAAUGUGUUUGAUACCGCGAUCAGGGAGGCAUGUAGGAAAAAGGGCUGGGGCAGAAGGGCCGGUGGUGGUGGAUCUGCAGGCGGAAAGAAGAAGUGCGUUCUGCUCUAG